AUGCCGCCGCGAAUACCAGCCUUGUCGUGCCUGCGGGUGCCGACGUCUUCAUCCGUCACAAACCAACUCACCCUCCCCAUUCGAACUUUCGCCUCUACAUCGCGUGUUCAUGCCGAGUCAAUCGAAAGACAGAAGAAGCGCCUCGCCAAUGACCCCUACAUAGUCGCUCAGCGGAACAGAAAGAAAGCCGCCAACCUCACGCGCCGCGCUGAGCUCGAACAAGGCCGAGUCGCCAGUCUUGGAGACCCAGUCCGUGGCGUUUCAACACCAUUCGUGCAGUCGUUCGACACUGGGAAGCCGAUUACGUCCGAGGAAGAUAACAAGCUACCGAAAGACCGAACACAUCUCAACUAUGCCUUCAAUCCGAAAACUGUUUCAAGACAACUCGAGAAGAGCAAAGAGUUGGCUGUGCCGCUGAGCGAUAUUGGAAAGCAGGCAACAACUGGAUCUACCAAAUGGGGCAAGGACAUAUUCAGUGCAAGGAUACCGGAGAUCGAAAAGUCGGCUGAAGAGAUUGAAGAGCAAAACAUGAAGGACCAUGCUCGAGCUGCUGAGGCUAUCGCCCGCAUCACUGCCCUUGAGAAUGGGUCUAGCAAAGACCGUAUGCGCGUGAAUAUCACACGUUGUGUCGAGACAUUUGGACGCCACAACACCGACAGGAAAUUCCCACCCAAAGCGCCAUCGCUAAGCCGGUCUGGUGCUGACGAAACGCGUGUCGUUCGCCCAGAGACGAACAUUGCAGCAGCCGCAAAGCGAGUAGGACCCGAUACAGGAUCUUCCGAAGUCCAAAUUGCCAUCUUGACCGCCAAGAUCAAGACCCUGGCAGAUUUUCUACAAUCACGAGGAAAGGGCGACAAGCACAACAAGCGAAACCUGCGGUUACUGGUGCAUAGGAGGCAGAAACUGUUACAAUAUUUGAGGAGGAAGGAGAGAGGUGGUCCGAGGUGGCAGCAUUGCAUUGAAACUCUUGGGCUAACUGAGGGCACCUGGAGAGGCGAGAUCUCCUUGUGA